AAAAAAAGAAAAAAGUACUCUGUGGGUGGUUUCCUGGGUUUGCUAGUUAUUUAUCUGUGGUUUGCAUUUGUGAAAUAAGAACUUGCAUUUUCCAAUAGGUACAUUUCUUUUAUGAAAAUUGAUGCCUAUUUAAAUCAACUUAUCUAUAUAACAAACUGGAUUCCCGAAAAAAUUUGAAAAGAGUUUUGAGUUUGCAAAAAGCGCAAAGCUUUUUUGCAAUCGUUCCUUUGAAACUUGGAGCUGGAAUAAUUUGCCAUGAAUAAAAUUCCAAGGGCUUUAAAUUAGGUCAAAGUUCGGAAUUACAAGCUUACUUUCCACACCUCAUCAUGGAACAAACUGUAGAUGUUGUGGAUUUUGUUUCUUCGCUACUGGAUUCUGGCAAAUAUAAGGAAGCUCUCACUGUGCCCAUUGAGGAUAAAUAUGCUAAUAGCUUUAAAGAUAACUGUUGGGACUUGAUAUCAGUUAUAGUAGGCAAGAUUCAAAAUGAAACAAUGGUUAUUAAACCCUCGCUUUAUAGUGCUUGCGAGGAAUUGUUAGCCAUAAUUGUGCAGUCAGCCACUCCUGAAGAAGCUCUUUUGGAGUUUAUUGAACAGAUAGAAGUAGCUAAGAAUGAUGCCCAAUUUGCCAUCAUCUUAGAACCACUACAACAGCUUCUACUGAAACUGUCUGCUAAACGAGGAAGAUCUCUGGAAUGGUGUCUUAACUCUAUAGCAACAUACAUUGAUGCCAUACCAAUCCCUGAACAUAAAUUAGAAGGGCAAGAACGUCUCUUGAUGGAUUCUGAUCCUAAUAUUAGAAGGAUCAUUAAAGUUUACUCACUGUUACCACCGUUUUACAGUCCAUUUGUUAUAGAAAUGGCAGCAGUUGAUGCAAAAGUCAGAACAAAAGAAAUUAUAUCAGCAUUUCUAAUAAGUUUGCUUGGCAAGCCUUUAAUCUAUGUAGACUUAGAUCCAGAUUCAAACAAAAGUAGUGAAGCUAGGCUUUGUUGUAUUAAUAUUAUUCAAGAUAUAAGUACUUUGGUGAAAAAUGUAAUGAAGCUAUUACCAUAUGUGGAAGUACAUCACAAAGAAAGUGGCAAAACUAAGUCCAAUAAAGCUGUUACUGAUAAUGAAGAAGAAUUGUCUCCAUUUGAGCACAAAGAAAAAAUCAAUCUUACUACAUUAUCAGGAUUAUAUUAUUCAAUCUUUUCUGCACAUUUCCCUGUGCCAGACUUAGCACUCCCACUUGUAUACUCAAAUGAAUAUGUGGUCCACAUAAUGUUGCUAUGUGUUAUACAUUUUCUAAGCUUUGUUGAAUAUGGACCUCAAGCAAAGGGUAUAUCUUUAUGUAAAGAAAUAUUAAAAAAGUACCCCAAUAAUGUUUCCUACAAAAUACUUAAAUUACCAGUUCAUUACAAUCUAUGUAAAAGCUUAAUAAAUACUUCUAUAUACAGUAAUUAUGAGUCAAUGCGCAAAGAGUCUGUUAAAAUAAUAUCUGAUCAUAUAAAUAAGUUUGAAUAUAAGGGUAGAUCUUUACUGAUCAAGUACAUUUUAAGUGUGGCUAAUCAUUCUGGUAUGAUAGGCUAUGCUAUCACAUUAUAUAAAAAUUCCCUGGAUGAAGCUUUUAAAGAAUCUGAGUUGCCAGAUUGUUUUACUGGUGCAGAACUACAGGAUAUGGUUAAUAAAAUUUGUUAUUUGCCUCAUGGUGCAGAAUCUGAUCUAGUAGAAUUAGCAGAUCAAAUAAUCACUUCAUUAAAUUUUCUACGUUACCUUGCACUGAAAGAUGUUUGUAACAGGACUGGUAUUAGAGAAUGCUUCUCAUUUAUUCAAUCAGAUUAUUUAGAAAAGUUGAGGACUGGCUUAAAUAUGUCUAAAGCUCAUUACGAAGUUAAAUUAAAGGAUAUUGAAGAGGCCCAGAAAACUAAGAAAAUUGAUGAAGAAGUGGAUAUUGCAAUAAAUGUAGCAGGAAACAUGUUAGACAAGAUACCUACAGAGAGCAAAAAGCAAAUACUGCGCUCAGGACUAAAUGCUUUUCAUUUGAUAGAAUGUUUGCUAGCAAGAUUAUCUGAAUCCAUGAGGAAUAGUCGUAGACUAUUUAUUUCUCUUCGACUCACAACUAAUGCAUUAAAUGACACACAAAAGAUCGUUCGAAGCUAUUGUCAAGGAGUAAAAAAAGAAAUUGUGGUGCCAGCUACUUUAGAUCAGGAUGACCAUCAAUAUGAAGAGGAUGUUAAAAAACGCAUUUUAGCAAAAGCUUUAGACUUCGUCACAAAAAGUGGUUGGUCAGUUGACUCUCUAGCCCAAGGAGCUGAGGCUGCUGGCUAUCCUGGUGUUAGUCAUGGCUUAUUUCCAAAUGGAGGGGGAGAUCUUGUACAUUAUUUCAACAUAACAUGCAACGAAAAACUUGUUGAGGAAAUGAAAUCUUGGCCAAAAGAGGAGUUAAAGGAAUCGAAAGUACCAGCUCAACAAAUAGAAAAUGCAAUAAUGACAAGACUGUUGAUGAUUGAACCAUUCAAGAGCACAUGGCCAAAGGCAAUGGCGAUACAAACUCUUCCAAAUAAUGUUCCAAACUGUCUAGCCACUCUCCUCUCUCUAGUUGAUGAUAUUUGUUAUCAUACAGGUGAUCGUAGUGUGGAUUUCAACUGGUACAUUCGCCGAGUGGGCUUAGCUGGAAUUUAUAAAGCAUCAGAGUUGUUCUACCUGACAGACAGUAGCCAAAACAGUAAUGCUACGAGAAGUUUUGUUAAAUCACGUAUACGAGAUGCAGAAUUGAUUCAAAUAGCCCUCAACAUGAAUCCUGUAACUGUUGCUCCUCAAACCUUGACCGCAGCAUUUGUUACGGCAAAAAACAUGUUGGGAAUAAAUAGUUUGAAGUAGAAGUAUGUUCAUGAUGCUUUAGAAGAAAAACGCUUGCAGUAUUCUUAUAUUUUUCAUUAUUAAUAAUAAAUAAAAAGGUUUAUGUUUUCAA